GUUUAUAUCUUCGUAAUGACCUCAAAUGAAACUGACAUUUACUAUGAGAAUGUGCUUCUCUGCUAUCCACUCCUGCCGGACUCCUGUCCAAGAGCUCAUCGUCUUACUAUCCUUAAAGUGGCAUUGUAUAUUUUCAUGGUGCUGAUGAUCCUCACAACAGUUUUUGGGAACCUGCUGAUCAUCAUCUCCAUCUCUCACUUCAAACAUCUACAGUCUCCAACUCAUCUGAUCGUUCGCUCUCUGGCUGCCAGUGAUUGUCUUCUGGGCUCUUUGGUCAUGCCGUACAGCAUGGUGCGAUCUGUUGAAGGCUGCUGGUAUCUGGGAAAUGCUGUGUGUAAAGUGCAUUCUGGUUUGGACAUGACUUUCAGCAUUUCUUCUUUAAUACAUCUCAGUUUAAUAUCUAUUGACAGGUACUGGGCCAUUUGUGACCCUUUAAGGUACAAAAUGAGGGUCACAAACAACAUUGUGACUUUAUUUACUACAUUUACAUGGCUGUUUUCAUUUCUCUACAGUUUUUCUAUUGUGUUUUCAGGUGUGAACAAAUUUGGCUUGGAGUCGUUUAUCAUGCAGGUUUACUGUGUGGGAAGUUGUGUUCUUUUUUUUAACAAACAGUGGGGUCUUAUUUGCUCACUUCUCACAUUCUUCCUCCCUGGGACGAUCAUGAGCUCUCUUUAUAUGAAAAUCUUCCAUGUUGCAAGAAAACAUGCAAAGGUUAUGUCAGAAAGAGUGACUGUGGUGACAGCAGGAGGGUUGAAGAGCCAAAGCUCUGCACAAAGAGAAGGAAAAGCAGCAAAAACUCUGGCCAUUGUUAUGGGUGUUUUUUAUCUCUGCUGGAUGCCUUUUUUUACCGCCACUGCUGUUGAUCCUUUCCUCAAUUUCGUGACUCCUGGUGAUGUUUUUGAUGCUUUGGUUUGGUUUGGAUACUUUAACUCCACUUGUAACCCAUUGAUCUAUGGUUUUUUCUAUCCACGCUUUCAGAAAGCCUUUAAGAUUCUCAUAUCCACUUAUAUCUGUUGCUUCAAUAGCUCAAACACCUUGAUACUUGAAUGA